AUGGGCGAGGGCCUGCUGACUCUGACGUACGGCAAGCACCACGCCUGCAUCCUAAACGAGGUGGGGGCGGCGUGGAGAGGCGCCAGGUACUCCGACCUGGUGCUGGUUUGCGACGACGCUGUGCCAUUGGCUGCCCACCGCAUCGUCAUGGCAGCUGCUAGCCCACUAAUCAGAAAAAUCUUGGAUGAUACGCCAUCUGUUGAAAAUCCAGUAACCAUCCACAUGUCUGGUAUAAAUAGCACGCUGAUGAGACAUCUUCUUGUUUUCCUAUACAGCGGUCAAGCAUACAUUGAGUCUGGAGAAAUCGAUGAUAUGCAAGAACUAUUUGAGCUCCUAGAAAUUAAAUCAGAUGUCUGGAAAUCUACAAAAGAACGACAACAAGCAGAAGAACGGAACAGAUCAUGUGAUAGAUUAAAAGCUAAAAGGACCGAUAUCAACAGCAACGAAAGUAGUAAGCAUGAUGCGCCUUCAGGAUCUUCACAUUCAGAGAGUGAGAGAGUUACACCGGGUGCAGGUUACAGCAGAGAUAAGGACAGAGGUGAAUCGGAAUCAUUAAGUAUAAAAAAAGAAAAUAUGUCUACGAGCAGUAAUGAUGAAAGGGAUGAAGAUGAUGCAGAUGGAGAUGGAAAGGAGUGUGGUCGGCUGUCAUCACGCCGACGGAGUUCAUCUAAUCCCGUCAAUUUAUCCGUUGCAAGAAACUCUGAAAACGCCGGCAGUGAACACGAUGAGCAAGACUUGGAUGUUGAAACAGUUGCGGCUAAGAAUAUCGAGCGCAGACGAUCUACAACCUCAAGUCAAGAAGAUCCGCCACCAGAACCAACAUAUCGAAGACAACUACUAAGCGACAGAUUAGGGAGAGGCAGUGAACGAACAAAAAGAAAAUCUCAUUAUUUAGAGCCACCAGAAAUGGAUUUACGUACCGUGAAAUUGGAAGAUUACGCCCACCUUAAGCCUCCCGAUCAAGAUAUAAUGUCACUUGUCCAGACAUCUCCAGAAAAUUACGUUGUUACACCACAUCGAAAACGUCGACCCGGUUUCCAUAACUCACCAUCUCAAAACCCCCCAUUUGUUUCCUUCCCGCCAAGUUAUUUGGAAGAAAUGGCACAUUUACGGUAUGCACAAGGACCCGUAGCUGCUGGAGUAGCGAGGCUCGGAGCUUUACACCCUUUGAGUGCGUCAGCACCUCCGUACCUUCCAGAAAGAAGCAUUACACCGCCUGCUGCAGCUCAUGACGAUGCGCUCAGUAAAUACCGACCACCAAGCGCCGGCUCUUGGGGACCUUGGCUUUGCCAGCCCCAGAUGGGCGGAGAUGAAACACCGACAACAGAACAUGAACAGGGUUCAAGUAAACAGGCUCCCGUCAGAGAAUAUAGGUGUGAAUAUUGCGGCAAGCAGUUUGGCAUGUCAUGGAAUCUCAAAACACAUCUCAGAGUACACACUGGAGAAAAACCAUUUGCAUGCCGGCUCUGCGUCGCCAUGUUUAAGCAGAAGGCUCAUCUCUUAAAACAUCUUUGCUCGGUUCAUCGAAACGUGAUAUCAUCCAGCGAAAAUGACGGGAGAACCAAUACGCCAGGAAGAUUUAACUGCUGUUUCUGUCAAUUAACUUUCGAGGCCUUACCUGAACUAAUUCGACAUCUUUCUGGACCGCACAAUAGCCUUCUACUAAGCAAAAAUCUACAUGAAUGA